CUUACACAUUGGGUGGGCUUGAUGAAGAGACCGCCAGAUCGCUAGGUAUUUAUCCGGACAUGUCCUUUCAUGGGACAUCUGGUCCUGUCGAGGUUUCUUUUCCUCGAUUUGUCUAUAACCAAAGCUAUGCCGUGUUAAAAGGCUACGAAGAACUCGGCUUACCGAUGCUCAAGGACAUGAAUACCGGAAUCACGGCUGGCGUAGUGUUCAGUCCAUCCAGUAUGCAAGCCAUCAACCAAUCCAGGUGUGACGCCCGCGUCGCUUACCUCGAUCCAGUGAUGGAGCGACCGAAUAUGCAUGUUGCCGUCGGCCAAAUGGCCACUCGACUGUUGCUUGUAGACAGCACGCAAGGGCUGAUUAGCUCGACCAAGGAUCUGCCCACACCGAAGCGAGUCCAGGAAGUGGAGUUCCUCCCACGACGCGAUUCGCACUCGAAUAAUAUCCAUAGCUCGAGAGUCUCUGCAUCUCGCGAGGUCAUCAUGGCGUCAGGCGCGAUUCACACCCCGACGAUCUUGCAGGUCUCGGGGAUAGGCCCCGCCUAUGUGCUGGAAAGGUUGAACAUCACCGUACAGAUCGAGUUGCCAGGGGUAGGAAACAACCUACAAGACCACGGCAUGGUUGGAAAAGAUUACGACUAUAAAAGUCCAAACAUAUUUACCGACAGACAUCUCGACGGUGCAAAGCUAGCCGAAGCUGAGUUAUUGUACAAGGUGAAUCGCACCGGCCCUCUUACCGCGCCAUUGAUAUCCAUUGUAGCUUUCCCGUCUCUUCAGGCACUCACAGCAGAGUGGAACACGUUAACGGGCAAAUACAUGUUGGAGAAUUUCGACCGUUAUCUACCCGACGACGCACCCCCAGCCGUGCGACAAGGCUACGCCAAACAGUCUCGUUUGCAACUUGACAUUCUACGCCAAGUCGAUGAGCCUGCAUCAGAGAUCAUGGUUGACUCCACCGGCCGAUACACAGUUGCAAUCCAAAGCACUAUGUCGCGCGGCACUGUUCGUCCCAGUGGCCCAAACAUUCUCAAGGACAACAAACCGGUCAUUGACCCGCGAUAUUGCGCACAUCCGCUUGACUGCGAGGUUGCAAUGCUGUCAUUUCGAAUGAAUGCCCGUCUGAUGAAAACCAACGCGUUCAUCCAAGGACUCUCGCCCUCGCCCUCGGAGCCAUUCGCAUCUGCCGACGAUGUAGCCGACGAAGAAAAUACGGCAAAGUUGGCAGACUUUAUCCAGCGUGGCUUAGGCACCGAAUUCCACCCAGCAGGGACGACGGCGAUGCUUCCAUUCGAAGACGGGGGCGUCGUGGACACGGAGCUGCGAGUUUACGGCACAACAAACCUGCGAGUCGUGGACGCCGGUAUAAUGCCCCUGCUACCGGCGGCGCAUAUUCAAGCUGCUGUAUAUGCUGUUGCUGAGAAGGCUGCUGAUUUGAUCAAAGCGGUCCAAGGAUAAGGCUGUUGGCUGGCUGGCUGUUAUGCGAAUCUGCCUAUAAGCAUACGUCUCUGGCGGGCGUUUGUACAAUUGUCUCCAGAUAGCCACCUAGACAAGUCGACUUCAGGUUUGAGGCUCAUUCUACAUACAAGUCGCCAAGAGACAGGGAUGAUAAGACUGGCAUAAACAUUGUAUGAGGCAGAGAUUAGCAUGCAGGAUUAAUAAAAACUUGGAUGAUAUGGUGCCCGACCCAAAAGGACUGUGUCGUCUUGAGAAUGCCACCCGAG